CGCAACUUGUGACCAGCGGGCGCAUCUUCGUGGUGGGCGCUUCUUCACCUACGUCGUGCGCGCUGCCCUGUGGAAGCAUGGAGCAGCUGGCGCGUCUUCGGCUGCGCCGUGCGUCAUCUCCUGUGCCGUCGUACACGAGCGGCCGCAUCUUCGGCACCGGCGUGCGUCGUCAAAGUGGCGGUUUUCAGCAGCAGGCGUUUGUUUGGCGGUUGUGGCAGGCGUCUAGCUAUGGAGAGCACGGGGUUCUCGGAUAUGGACGUUCGCGGGCGCGGGCAGGGUCUUCGGGAUGACGAAAUCGAUGCGGUGGCGAUGGCCGUGACUGCCGUCAUCGUGAACACGAUGCACGGUGUGCCGUCCUCGUCAGGCGACAUGCUGGCGGAGCUCCGCAAACGAAGAGCGCUGUUGCAGCGCAUUGGCGAAGCGCCAGAUUGCGUGGCCACGCAGAUCGUGGCCGCGUGCGCCGCGUACGUGGAGAAGAAGGUGACGCACUAUAGGAUGCCAUUGCCGGUGAAGCAGGUCAUCGCGUUCGCGCUGUACAUGUGGGCGUCAGGAGAGACGUACGAGAGCGGCACGUCUGCCUUUGGCAUCGGGAGAGCAACUGGACUGCAGGCCGUCCGCGACGUCAUUUCGGCACUGCUGCAGGCGUACCCAGACGCGAUAAAAUGGCCAGUGGGCCGUAGACGCGUGCAGAUUCUGCGUGCUUUCCGUGACAAGGGUUUCCCCAACUGCUACGGCGCAAUCCACUGCACACACAUCUUCAUUGACAAGCCCGCCGGCGCACCAUCUGCCAACUACUACGACCGCAAACAAAAGUUUUCCGUGCAGGCGCAGGUGGUAGUGGAUUUGGAUCUGCGGAUCAUGGACGACCACAUCGGAUACCCGGGAAGCGUGCACGACGUCCGUGUCCUGCACAAUUCCCAGCUGUGGAGGCGAGCACAAGCUGGCGAGCUGUUCGACGCACCUCCGGUGAGUCUGCCGCACAGAGUCGUCACGCGAGGUUACCUGCUAGGCGACAACGGUUAUCCUGUUGUCUGCCCCUGGAUCGUGCAGCCAUAUGGAGAAAUCGACCAAGGUCCUAACGAGGAGCGGUUUGACACGCGACAGAAGGUGGCGCGGGGGUGUGUGGAGAGAGCUUUCGGGCGGCUGAAGUGCAUGUGGCGUCUUUUCUUGCGCACCCACAAGACGAACCUGGAUACCUUGCCGCAGCAAUUCGUGGCAGUGUGCACUCUGCACAACAUCCUCCUAGACGCCGGGAUCAACUUCGAUGAAAACCUGUUGUGGGAGGUGGAUGAGAAUGGUGUGCACCGGAGAGUGGACUUGGGCAUUGUGGGGAACGACGCGGGCGGGUGGCAACAUUGCACGAACGUCGACGAGGACUUGUUGCGUGACACUCUUCGAGACCGGCUGGCUUUGAUGUAGGAGCACGUGGACGCGUGGUGGGGGUUUGGUGCGUGUGUGUGUAGAGUGUGUGUGUGUCGGGGGUGUCGGGAUUGCGGACGU